CUUUGUCCACAUCAAAGUAAAUUAAUCAAUAGACUUAUCCAAAUCACUAAAAAGCAAAACAUUUUUUCUUAUGGAGAAAAACAUAAAGCCCCAAAAAUAGUCGACUGCAUAAAAGCAUCCUCAAGCUUCAGCUACGAUUGAUCACAACUGUUCUCUUCUCUCCUUUGCUUCUUCAACUUUGAGCCCUAACGUUUCCACUUUGGGAAAGUUUUGACAAAACCCCAUCUUCAAAUCUUUUUUUUUUUUCAUCACUACACAAAUCUCUGUUUAUAAUCUCAAAACUCUUCAUUCUCUGAUCACUCUCUCCUUGAUUUUGUUUUGUUCAUAUAUAAAAUGGAUUAUAAUCCUCCAACUCCAUUAGAGGGUCUCAGAGAAACAGGACCAACACCUUUCCUGACAAAAACCUACAACAUAGUGGAGGAUUCAAGCACAAACAACAUAGUUUCAUGGAGCAGAGACAACAACAGCUUCAUCGUCUGGGAACCAGAGACUUUUGCCCUUGUCUGCCUCCCCAUAUACUUUAAGCACAACAAUUUCUCCAGCUUUGUUAGACAACUCAAUACCUAUGGGUUUAAGAAGAUUGAUACAGAGAGAUGGGAGUUUGCAAAUGAGUAUUUUUUGAAGGGACAGAGACAUCUCCUUAAGAACAUAAGGAGAAGAAAGACAUCAUCUCAAACGCAAACGCAGUCGCUAGAGCACGGUAGAUUCGGACUAGAACGAGAGAUCCAGGGGAUGAGAAGAGACAGAACCGCUCUAGUAACAGAACUGGUGAAGUUGAGACGAAAACAGGAAAGCAUCAAGACAUAUCUUCGUUUGAUGGAAGAGAAACUGAAAUUGACAGAGACUAAGCAAGAAAUGAUGAUGGAUUUCUUGCUGAACAAGAUUAAGAAACCGAGUUUUUUGCAGAGCUUAAGGAAACGUAAGCGGGAAGAAAUCGAGAACAUAGAACAAAUGCAAGAGAUUUUCUCAAGCCAUGUGGUUGAGGACCUUGAAACGUUUGUUAAAGCUGAGCCGGAAGAGUAUGAUACUGGUGAUCAAUUUGAAGUUGUGUUUGGCUAUGGCGAUGAGCUUCACGUAGCUUCAGUGGAGGAUCAAAGACAAGAUGGGGUUGAGAUGGAGAUGGAUAGUGAUGGGAUUUGGAAGGAAUUCGUGUUGACUUUUGAGUGAGGAGAUGUGUACUGUUUUAGGGGAACAUUUGAUAUAGUUUUAUUAAAUUAUACUAGUAUUUUGGGAGUUUUUAUUUAUUUUCGUAUUCAACUUGACACGCACGUUACCAUAAUUAAUCCAAUGUUACAUGUCUUUUUUUUUGAACAAGUACAUAUAUGUUAC